AUGCAACGGAUAAGAUGUUUUCAAUCGGCAGAAUAUUCAACAAAAUUUAUUUCGACAGCAAGAAGUUCCAUUAUUCCAACGUUAUUCAGAUCACUAAAUAAUAAUUCCAAGCUGCAUACAAAAAAGUGGAAAAAGGAUGUAGUGUAUCUAUACCAGUUUGGUCGAUCUAAUUCGGCUCCUAAUAUUUCACCAUUCUGUUUCAAAAUCGAAACUUGGUUGCGAGCUAAUGAUUUAACGCAUGAACUUAAAAACAGUUGGGAUUUUCUGGCCUGGAAGAAAUACUUACCAGCUAUAGAGUUAAAUGGGAAUAGAUUAGUCAAUUCACAGAUGAUCAUCGAGGAACUACAAAAGUACUUUGGCUUAAAUGAUGAGUUUGAAGAGGACGAUCACAUCGGCAUAGCGCGAGCUGUUGAUCGAAUGAUUGAAUGCAAUACCUAUUACUUACUGCUAUAUUUUAUAUUGGUGGAAAAUUUAUCGAAAUUUCUGAAAGUGUUGCAACCAUCUCCAGUAAAUCGUUGGCUGAUUCAUAGUAUGGGUAAUAAGGUUCAUCACAUGUUUUCAAAUAUGGGUAUCGUUCAUCCUACGCGAAACGAUAUUAUUAAUAUGCUAGUGAAAGAUAUAAAAGCAAUUGAUAUUGUUUUAGGAGAUAAAAAAUUUUUGUUUGGUGCAAAGCCGACUACGCCCGAUUUCACUGUUUUCGGACACUUGAGCGCGUCAUAUUAUUUACCAUUCCAUCAACCAAUAACUGAUAUUUUGGAUGAUGAAUAUCCACGAGUAAAAAGAUUAAUUGAACGAAUGCGUCAACAUUAUUAUCCUGAGUGGCAAUUUAGUUCAUAA